AUGGUCACAUUUCGCUUUGUCAGGGGCCGCAAAAGUCCUUAUAGCAGCGAUAUGCACGGCAAACAGGUCUUGAUAACAGGCGGCACGUCUGGGAUUGGUGCAGAAGUAGUCGAAGAGCUCGCAAUGCAUGGUGCUCAACUUGUCUUGCUGGUUCGCAGCGUCAGCGAUGGCUGGACGCAAGAGUAUAUUACCGAUUUGCGUAAUCGGAGUCAGAAUAUGCUCAUCUAUGCUGAAGAGUGUGAUCUUGAGGAUCUCAACAGCGUGAGGACCUUUGCUACUCGCUGGAUUGAUAAUUCUCCGCCGCGUAGGCUCGACCAAGUCAUUCUGUGUGCUGGUGUGGCCUUACCACUUUUCCAACCUCGAAAGACGACCGGCGACGGCAUCGAGGUCCAGCUUGGCGUCAACUAUCUGAGUCACUUGCAUCUCCUACAGCUAUUGAGCCCGGCCUUGAGAGCUCAGCCUGCGGACAGAGACGUUCGAGUCAUUGCCUUGUCCUGUGUGAGCUACAUACUUGGCGCGGCGCAGUUGGACGACCUUGAAUUCACCAAGCGUGGGUAUCCUGCAGACAGAUCAUGGCGAGUGUUCGGUGCUGCCAAAUUGUACAUGAUGGCUGCUAUGCAAGCACUUCAAAGGCAGGCACGCCUCUUCCAACGGCCCGACAAGGCUCCUGUGCGUAUCAAAUACAUCACCGUUGAUCCUGGUCUCACAAGAACGCUGUCCUUUCGGCGGUUUGUAACGCUCGGUACAGUUUCUGGCCUCAUCGCCUAUCUCGUCACUUUCCCAAUAUGGUGGCUAUUCAUCAAAUCUGCCCACGAUGCUGCGCAAACUGUGCUGUACGCAAGCAUGGCACCCGCAGCAGAAGUUUACGGAGAAGGCGUAGCUGGCGGGCAACUCUUGCAGGAUUGUGAUGAGAAACCAGUGCGUCGUCAAGAAAUCACGGACAUUGCUUUUCAAACACAGUUGCUCACUGCCAGCGAGAGACUCAUCAAAGAAGCAGAGACACGGUCAGCGCUGCUGCGAAAUGAGGCAAAGGCAACAGCAAAAGCAGCAGCAACAGUAGCGGCAAGAGCAGAAGCAUAA